UUCCAGGAUUCAAGCAGUCUUCACCAUGAACACCCUGAACCAACAGUACGAGGAGAAGGUGCGUCCCUGCAUUGACCUCAUUGACUCUCUUCGCUCUCUGGGUGUAGAGAAGGACUUGGCGCUGCCUGCUAUCGCCGUGAUUGGAGACCAAAGCUCGGGGAAGAGCUCCGUGUUGGAGGCGCUGUCAGGGGUGGCUCUGCCAAGAGGGAGCGGCAUUGUGACAAGAUGUCCUCUCGAACUGAAGAUGAAGAGAAAGAAAGAAGGAGAGGAGUGGUACGGGAAGAUAAGCUACCAGAACCAUGAAGAAGAGAUAGAAGAUCCUGUACUUGUGGAGAAAAUGAUAAGAGACGCCCAGGAAAAUUUGGCCGGGGUCGGGGUGGGGAUCAGUGAUGAUCUCAUCAGUCUGGAGAUCGCCUCUCCUGAUGUCCCAGACCUGACGCUCAUUGACCUGCCCGGCAUCACCAGGGUGGCUGUAAAGGGACAACCUGAGAACAUUGGAGACCAGAUAAAGAAACUGAUCCAGAAGUUUAUAACAAAACAAGAGACCAUCAGCUUGGUGGUUGUUCCAUCCAACGUGGACAUAGCAACCACAGAGGCUUUGAAGAUGGCACAGGAGGUGGAUCCCAAUGGAGACAGGACUUUGGGUAUCUUGACCAAGCCUGACCUGGUGGACAAAGGCACGGAAGAGUCCGUGGUGGAAAUAGUCCGUAAUGAGGUCAUCCACCUGAAGAAGGGCUACAUGAUUGUCAAGUGCAGGGGACAGAAGGAGAUCACAGAGAGGGUGUCUCUGACUGAAGCAAUAGAAAGAGAGAAAGCCUUCUUCAACGAUCAUGUGCAUUUCAAGAUUCUCUACGAUGAAGGCCGUGCCACUGUUCCUAAACUGGCAGAAAAACUCACCCUUGAGCUGGUGCAUCAUAUCAAGAGAUCUCUGCCUCAACUGGAAGAGCAGAUAAAGAUGAAACUAGCACAGACUCAGGCAGAGCUGGACAAAUAUGGCAGUGGACCCCCAGCUGAGGCCGCUGAGAGACUCUGUUUCCUCAUUGAUAGAGUGGCGGCGUUUACAAAGGAUGCUAUCAGUCUCACCACAGGGGAGGAGAUCAAAUUUGGAGGCAGGCUCAACAUGUUUGCCAAACUCAGAAAAGAGUUUGCGGAUUGGAAAGAUAUCAUAGUGUGCUCUGGGAUAACAUGUAAUCAACCGAAUAUUGAGAGAGAAGUGACUCAGUAUGAACAAAAGUACCGCGGAAGAGAACUGCCCGGGUUCAUAAACUUUAAGACCUUUGAGGACAUGGUCAAGGAGCAGAUCAAACAGCUGGAAGGACCUGCUGUCCUGAAACUCAAGGAAGUGGGAGACAUUGUGACAAAAGAGCUAUUUAAGUUGGCACAGAGCAGCCUUGUUGGAUUUCCUAACCUCAUCAAAACAGCUCAGAUGAAGAUCGAAGCCAUCAGAAAGGAGAAGGAGACUGCAGCAGAGUCCAUGCUGAGGACUCAGUUUAAGAUGGAAUUGAUUGUUUACACUCAGGACAGCACAUACAGCAAGAAGUUAGGGAAGCGUAAGAGGGAAGAUGAACAGAACGGUUUCCCUUUCGGCAAUGGUAUACCAGUGAAGACAAGCACCAGCUCCACUCCUAGCAAUGACAGUGGGGCCACCGUGAAAGAGAUGAUUAAACACCUGAAAUCCUAUUACCAAAUUGCUGGCCAGCGUCUGGCGGACCAGAUCCCGCUGGUAAUCCGCUACCAGAUGUUGCAGGAGUCUGCUGUGCAGCUGCAGAGGGAGAUGCUGCAGAUGUUUCAAGACAAGGAGAAAACAGAGUCGCUGCUUCACGAGGACUCUGGCAUAGGAACCAAAAGAAUCCACCUUCAGAACCGCCUUGAGCGGUUGUCAAAGGCACGCGCGGUGUUGACUGACUUUAGUAUGAACACAUACAACUUCAACCAAGGGCGUAGGUUUGACCUCAACAUUGGAAGGGACACAAUGACCCACGCCCACCCCCACAUCCACCCCUGUGUGUGUGACCUCUGCAAAAAAAUGUUCAAAAAAGACUGUUUAAUUCUGACAACCAACUGGUUUAUUAACAAACCAUCUUAGAUCUGUAUAAACAUUUCAAUAAAGUAUAGACAGGAACAGAUCAAAGACUAAAAUAAUGUAAAACAAAUUAAAUUAGUUUGUAAUAGAGAGAAGAAAGAAACAACAAUAUUUCAGUUUUUUUUGCAUCCAACAUCAUCAUCAAUUAUUAGAUUCAACCAGAUUCACUAUAUGAUCUUAUUUCCUUUUCUAUUCAGUAGUAUUAUUUGUUUUCUUUGGCAGAAAGAGGGCUGCAAAUGCCUUAAUGAAGGCCUGUACAUACCUGGUAGAGUUCCAGAGAUAGUUCAGGCCUGACAGCAUGAUUUUGUUUCUUCAGCUUGACAAAUACAUUCAUGGUUGUGGAUUGGGUUUAUUAUUUGUCACAUUGGGUUUUGAAAUUAGAAUCAAUAUGUCCAAGUUAUCUAUUUGAUACAACCAGAAUAUGUGAACAUGUCUGAGAUCCAUCCAUCCAUCUUCCGUAACCGCUUAUCCAGUUAAGGGUCGCAGGGGUGCUGGAGCCGAUCCCAGUUGUCAAUGGGCGAAGGCAGGUCGCCAGUCUGUCACAGGGCUGACAUAUAGAGACAGACAACCACUCACACUCACAUUCACACCUACGGGCAAUUUCAGAGUCAUCAAUUAACCUAACCUGCAUGUCUUUGGACUGUGGGAGGAAGCCGGAGAACCCGGAGAGAACCCACGCUGACACGGGGAGAACAUGCAAACUCCACACAGAAGGUUGUCCAGCCCGGGAAUUGAACCCGGGCCCCUCUUGCUGUGAGGCGACAGUGCUAACCACUACACCACCGUGCAGCCCGGGUUUUGAGAUUUGAUACAACCAGAAUAUGUGAACAUGUCAUUGUAACAGAGAAUCCUCUUAAAACUGGAAGUUACAAUCAAAAAAGUGUUUAAGCCCUAUAAACCACAUAAGUCAUCAUAACAAGGAUGAAUGAGAAGCAUUGCACCAACAUGGUGAGGCUAGUGAGAACCAGACUUGGACUAUUAUUUUGGCAGUAAUGAAUGAGUUUUUAAUGUUUCUUAAUUUAAAUGCCCUGUCGCAUAUUCAACAUAUACAUUUAAAGAGACGUACACCAUUUCAUGGUGUACACAUGGCUUAACAAUAAACAAUCAAAGCAUUGUGUCUACGAGUGAGUGCAUUGUGAUAGCAACAUUCCCUCUGUUGUUGUGAUGCAUCAAAUGCAUUUUGUAAAAAAGGCACCAGGACUUAGAGAAAGAGUUGCAAAUACUAUUUUAACAAGCACUGUUUCGGAAGAGCGCCAUUGUAUUGAUGAAGAAAUGCACAAGAAAUGUAUGCUCACAACUCCUUUUCUUUUUACUGUAAAAUAAUAAAGAACAAAUAAAAGAAGAAGAAAAAACGUA